UUGACAGGUUAAGGGAUGAGGAAGAAGUGGACAUUAAUGCUAAUAAAGACCACUAUGAAGGAGGAAAUGUGGAACAAACAUCACUGUUUAUAAAGAAUGCCACCAGGAAAGAUAUGGGCAACUACACCUGCAUCUUGGAAAAUGAAGUCGGGGCUAUGGCAUCUCAGAACUUUGUUUAUGUCUCUAUCUACUUUAAGCCUGAAACAAGUGUCAGAAUGAAUCCAGCAUCGCCUGUCAUAGCUUCAGAGGACUUGGACGUGACCCUAUUCUGCCAGGUUGAGGCUGGAAAUCCUCCAGUACUGACCCAUGUCCGCUGGUUUCUAGAUGGCGUGAUUCUGAAAGAAUUGCCGGAUUGUUCCAACACUACCUUCUGUGAUAUAAACCCUAUACAGUUGUUUCUUGAGGGCAUCACUCGCAACUUUCAUGGCAACUAUUCUUGUAUGGGCAAAAAUGAAGCUGGGUGGGGUCCACGCUCACCUGAUUCUGAACUUAUUGUCUAUUAUCCUCCUAGUGGUGCCGAACUUAAUCACACUCCAGACCGUGUGGUGAAGAGAGGAUCAAUGACACUUUAUUGCAGUGUCAAAGAUCGCGGAAGACCAGAAAAUACGACCUAUAGAUGGACUAGGGGCAAUCAUCCUGUUAUGGAUGUGAACUCAGCAAACUGGACGAUCGAUCCAGUUACACUAGAAGCUGAAACAAACUUUACCUGUACCGCUGUCAAUCUUGGUGGAGAAUCGAAACCUGCUAAUCUUUUUAUCAAGGUCUAUGCACCACCUACAUUUAUUGUUCGCCUGCCACCAUAUUUUGGAAAGGUUAUGACUUCCCAACAAAUCAAUGUAACAUGCAGGGUCGAGUGCUCUCCCAUUUGCUCCAUUGAAUGGGAAAAGAAUGGACGCAGGCUAGAAACUGGUCCUUAUUCAAGGUAUUACGUUGAGAAUAUUGUUAUACCUCCAGACACAAGAACAAAUGAUUUUGAGUCUGUCCAGUCAACACUUAUAUGGAAUAUGACAUCAUGGCCUGGAGGACAGUUGGACAGGAUCGCAGACAAUGCUAACUAUACAUGCAUCAGUACUGGAAAUGAAGUAGGAUCAGGUGUGAAGAGUACCACCUUUUUCGGUGUUGAAUACCCACCAGAAAAUUUGACAGUCUCUAACAGUAUCGUAAAUGUGAUUGAGGGUAAUGUUCCUGAAAAAGUACUCUGUAGUGCCAAAGCAUACCCAGAAUCAUCUUACCAAUGGCGUAGGGAAGGCGAGAAUGAAGUUAUCAUCAAAGGAAAUGCUCUUAUUCUCAACUUUCCAAUUCUUAGAAAAAAUGGAGGAAAUUACUAUUGUGAAGCUUAUAACAGGCAUGGAAACAAUUCACAGAAAACUUUCAUUAAUGUUCUUUUUAAACCGGAGUGUGGAAUCAUCAAGAAAGAAGUCGAUGGAAAGCUUUCUUUGGAAUGCACGGUCAUUGCUAACCCUCAGGAUGUCGACUUUACUUGGAAAAUAAAAAAUGAAAAUGAGACAAUCGAAGAGCACAUAGAGAAAGGUCAUCUCCAGAGUAUUCUGACCUUAGAGACAAGAGUUGAAAACUUCAGGACAUAUCUCUGUUUUGCUAACAACUCAGUAGGGGUUUCAAUACCUUGCGAAAUGGAUGUAUCAGGGAGCAUGAGCUGGUGGACGAGAUUGGAAAAUGAAAACCUCAUCAUACUUUUGGCGGUUAUUCUGUUCAUUAUUCUCAUGGUUAUACUCAUUUGUGUUGUCAUCAUCAUCGUGUGCAGAAGAAAAAGGGCAGCUGAUAAAUAUAAUAAUACAGUGGAGCUGGAAGAUAGAGAAAAUAACAUUGCCAUGUUUGUCAUGAACAACUACACAUUAAAUCCUGAAGGUAGCUGCAACAACAACAACAACAACAACAAUACGUCAGGCUCAAGGUCAGGCCAUGGAAGAGGAAAGUGGCCUUUGAGGCCCGGUGUCCUGGUUCAUGUCAACACUAACCACAGCCUUCUCGCGAGCUCCGGGCAAAGCGGUCCGCUCAAUGAGAGUCAGGAAUCAAGAGCGACCAGGAUAAAGAACAUGUUUUCCCCGGACCAAGUCGACAAAAUUAAAACUGGCACAAUACCAGGAGUAUUCAGCUCCAGAACUGGAGAUCCCAAUGCUGCAAAUAAAGACAACAAGAAUACAUCACCGAAUGAUGCACUUCUACCACCAGAAUCUGACAAAGCCUUCUAUGAAAAUCUUCCUUUCCAUAAUAUGCAAAAUCCUCCAAACAAGCCUAGUCGACCACCUAGUAGACUGAGUUCAGGCUACGGUUCUUCAAGAAGCCAACAAAAAGUACCAGCUCGUAAAUUCCUAACUGUACGCCCUUUAGGAUCUCGUGCUAGGCAUUGGCCGCAGUUCAGGAGCCUUAGGUGUUCUCGAACUGGAGGAACAACCCCAGUUCCUGCACCACGACAGUUCCUUCCGAAACCACCACUAGGAAGGCACCUUUAUCAAAAUGUACCUGUGCCAAUAGUUCCUAAUACUGCAUCUCAAACAUCAGGAGAUUCUGUUGCUCAAAAUCCUGCUGAAAACUUAAACUCUACAGCAGAUAUUUCAAAUCCCAACCAAGAAACAGAGACUUCUGAACCAAAAGUUGACGAGAACCAAACUUCUAAUUGUAAAAUUAAAGAGCCUUACCGACCUGAAUUCUCAGAUUUGGACUAUGCUGAUGUGGAUUAUCGUUCCUAUGGCCCCAUAAACUAUAAAGCUGCAUCUAUCUUUGCUGCUCAGAAAAAACAAGAAGAUGAAGAGUUACUGUGA